AUACAGAUUAGAAAGAGAGAGAGAAGAAAAUGCUCUGUGGGAGGGGCAGAGGUUUAUAAAACCAGUCAUUGCCAUGCCUGAACUCUUAACUACUCUCAGAGGACCGUUUCUUGUCAGACAGAGAAUAACCAGAUUGAAACCAUGGAAGAACUUUACAAGGCAAACACAAUCUUUGCCCUCAGUUUCUUCAGCCGUCUGGCAAAUACAAGUGCCGCCACCCAGAAUCUCUUCUUCUCUCCAUGGAGCGUCUCCUCCGCCAUGGCCAUGAUCUACCUGGGUGCCAGGGGCAACACUGCAGACCAGAUGGCCAAAGUGCUUCAGUUUAACAAAGUUGGAGACCACAAAGUCACCCCAGACACCCAAGAGAUCUUCACCAGUUGUGAAUUCACACAGAAGAUCCAGAAGGGCGCUUAUCCUGAUGUUAUUUUGCAGGCACAAGCUGCAGACACAAUCCAUUCAUCCUUCCGUUCUCUCAGCUCUGCCCUGAACACCCCCACAGGGGAGUAUUUAUUGGAAAGUGCCAAUAAGCUGUUUGGAGAGAAGUCUGCAAGAUUCAAGGAAAGAUACAAGCAGCUCUCCAAGAAAUAUUACUCUACGGAACCCCAGGCAGUUGACUUCCUAGAAUGUGCAGAAGAUGCCAGAAAAAAGAUUAAUUCCUGGGUCAAUACUCAAACCAAAGGCAAAAUCCCAAACUUGUUACCUGAAGGUUCUAUAGAUGCAGAGACCAAGAUGGUCCUGGCGAAUGCUGUCUACUUCAAAGGAAAUUGGAAAACUCCAUUUCAGAAGAAAUUAAACAGGCCUCAUCCUUUCCAUGUGACCUUGACUCAGCGCAAAGCAGUACAGAUGAUGUUCUUGCACGAAAAGCUGAACAUUGGAUACAUAGAAGACCUAAAGGUCCAGAUUCUAGAACUGCCCUAUGCUGGAUAUGUCAGUAUGUUCCUGUUGCUUCCAGAUGGAGUUGCUGAACGUUCUACUGGCUUGGAGUUGCUGGAAAGUGAAAUAACUUAUGACAAACUCAACAAGUGGCUCAGCGAAGACACCAUGGCCGAGGAUGAUGUGGAGGUGUAUGUCCCCCAGUUCAAAUUAGAAGAGCAUUAUGAACUCAAGUCCAUUCUCAUGAGCAUGGGCAUGGAUGAUGCCUUCAGCCAGGGCCAAGCCAAUUUCUUAGGCAUGUCUGAAAAGAACGAACUGUUUCUGUCUGAAGUGUUCCAUCAAGCCUCUGUGGACGUGAACGAGGAGGGCGCUGAAGCAGCUGCUGGCACUGGGGCCAUUAUAUCGGGGAGAACUGGCCAUGGAGGCCCACGGUUUGUGGCAGACCAUCCUUUCCUCUUCUUUAUCAUGCACAAGAUAACCAAGAGCAUCCUCUUUUUUGGCAGGUUCGCCUCAAUUUUCCCAAUGGACUCUCUAGCAAAAUCUGUCAACCAAUGUGCUCUGGGGCUUAGCAAAAAGCUAGCUGAAUCUGCUGAGGGUAAAAAUAUCUUUUUUUCUCCGUGGGGCAUCUCAACCUCCUUGGCCAUGGUGUAUUUGGGCACCAAAGGCACCACUGCAGCCCAAAUGUCCCAGGUUCUUCAGUUUAGCAGAGACCAGGACAGCAAAUCUUGUCCUGACAGUUUUGAAAAGAAAAGGAAAAUGGAAUUCAACGUAGGCAAGGCUGAAGAAAUACACUCUAAUUUCCAGACACUUAUCUCAGAAAUCAACAAUCCCAGCAAUGCUUGCAUACUUAAAACAGCCAACAGGAUCUAUGGGGAGAAAACGUAUCCAUUUCACAAUGUAAGUGGAAACAUCUUAUUUCAAGCUGAUGGGAAAAGAAGCAAAGGAUGUAGAAUAACUCGAUAUGGCGAGUCUGAAGGAGCAGAGGGUGGUGUGGUCAUAGGAGUGUGGCAGGAGACUGUGCCCUCAAGAGCAAAGUUGACUUUGGGAUCAGGAAAAAUCCUGAAUCUCCUACCUGAUGAUGCUGUGAAUUCUGCAACCAGAAUGGUUCUGACUGCAAGCAAACCAGUGCAGAUGAUGUCCAUGAAAGAAAAACUUCAAGUAUUUUACAUAGAAAAGCCACAAGCCAUAGGCCUUCAACUCUUCUAUGAGAGCCGUGACUUCAGCCUCCUCAUACUACUGCCGGAAGACAAAAGUGGGCUGGAUGGGCUGGAAAAAGCCAUCACCUAUGAGAAGUUGAGUGAGUGGACCAGCGCAGACAUGAUGCAGUUGUGUGAGGUGCAGCUGCAUCUCCCCAAGUUCAAGCUGGAAGAGACUUAUGAUCUCAAGUCAAGCCUGGGCAGCAUGGGGAUGAGUGAUGCCUUUAGCCAGAGCAAAGCUGACUUCUCAGGAAUGUCCACGGAGAGAAACCUAUUUCUGUCCAAUGUGUUCCAUAAGUCUUUUGUGGAAAUAAAUGAACAAGGUACAGAGGCCGCAGCUGGUACUGGGAGUGAGAGUUCCUGCGGAGAGAGGAAGGGAGUAAGGGGACGAGGAGGCGAGGAAGGGAGGCCAGAGGCAGACGCAGGGCUGGGAAAGGAGGAGGAGAGGACUAGGGGAACGACGGCAGGACGUAUCCGGGCAGGAGAGCUGCGGGGCUGGGGUCGCCCUGGCCUCCGCCGUACCCUGGGCCUCCGGCCUACUUGGUCUGGGGCUCGAAGACCUUCACUGAUGGAUGACCUCUGUGAAGCAAAUGGCGCUUUUGCCAUCAACUUAUUAAAACUGCUGGGUGAAAAGGACACCUUGCGAAACGUGUUCUUCUCUCCCCUGAGCCUCUCCUCUGCCCUGACCAUGGUCUUAAUGGGGGCCAAAGGAAACACUGCGGCGCAGAUGUCCCAGGCACUUUGUUUGAACAAAGGUGGAGAUAUUCACCAAGGAUUCCAGUCACUUCUCAUGGAAUUGAACAGAUCUGGCCCUCAGUGCUUGCUCAGAACUGCCAACAGACUCUUUGGGGAAAAGGCGUGUGAUUUCCUGCCAGCUUUUAAGGAAUCCUGCCAGAAGUUCUAUCAGGCAGACCUGGAGGAACUGUCCUUUUCUAAAGACACUGAAGGAUGCAGGAAACACAUAAAUGACUGGGUGAUGGAGAAGACUGAAGGAAAGAUUUCAGAGAUACUGAGGGCUGGGGCAAUCGGUCCUCUGACUCAGCUGGUCCUCGUGAAUGCAAUCUAUUUCAAAGGAAAGUGGAAUGAGCAAUUUGACAGAAAGCACACAAGGGGAAUGACCUUUAAAACCAACAAGGAGAAGAAGACAGUGCAGAUGAUGUUUCAGGAAGCUCAGUUGAAAAUGGGGUAUGUGGAGGAGGUGCACGCCCAGGUCCUGGAGCUGCCCUACGUGGAGGGGGAGCUGAGCAUGCUCAUCUUACUGCCUGAUGACAACACGGACCUCGCUGUGGUGGAAAAGGCACUUACAUAUGAGAAGUUCAGAGCCUGGACAAAUCCAGAAAAGCUGACUAAGGUUAAAGUUCAAGUUUUUCUUCCCAGAUUAAAGCUGGAGGAGAGUUAUGACUUGGAGGCUUUUCUUCGAAGUUUAGGAAUGACUGAUGCUUUUGAGGAAGCCAAGGCCGACUUUUCUGGAAUGUCAGCCAAGAAGAACGUGCCCAUGUCCAAGGUCGUGCACAAGUGCUUUGUUGAGGUCAAUGAGGAGGGCACGGAGGCAGCUGCGGCCACUGCCGUGGCCACGAACUCCCUGGGCAGCAGAGUUGGACCAAGAUUUUGUGCAGACCACCCUUUCCUUUUCUUCAUCAGGCACCGUGAAACCAACAGCACUCUGUUCUGCGGCAAGUUCUCUUCUCCAUAAAGAGCUGCAGUCGUUGUACAUAAUCUGCCCACCCUGCCUUACUUCAGAUUCCCUGUGAGCAAAUGGACGUGGUGGUUUGAAUGCCAAAAUAAAGUGCAAUUAUGAUAACAGGACCCCCUCACAGAGUUGUUGAGAGGAUUUGAUAGGUUGAUAAAGAGGUUAGAGCAAUACCUGCUGUAGUCGUACACAAUAUCAUUAUUAGACAAGAGUCAGUUGCAUUUUUAUGCACCUAAAAAGCAAUAGUUAGAAAAUGUAAUUAAUUUUGCACUAAAAGUAUAAUGUUCUUAGGAAUGAUAAUUAACAAAAGAUAA